AUGUCGCAGGGUCAGGACCAUGACGUGACGAUCGAGUUUUACUUCCGCAGCUUCGCCGAGCUCAAGAGGGUUAACAGCGACCCUGAGUUCCAGGCGCUGCAGGCCUCCGAGGAGCCUUUUGUCGACCCCGUUCGUACGGUUGUCUCGCUCUCCUGGGUGGAGAAGUAUGUUGACGAGGGCAAGGUGGUUAAUAUCGUAGAUGACAAGUCGACCUAUCCGUCGUAUGAUAGACUGUUGGAUUUGUCUAGUGCGUUGGGGACGAGUGGUGCGUGGGUCAAGCAAGAUGAAGCUGAUGUGGGCUUUUGCUGGAUGAUCAUCUAA